GAAAACGAACUUUGGCGAGCGUUGAUGUUCGUUUGUGAUGCUCGCAGCAAUCCAGAGUGUGAUGUUGUCGGUCUUACCCGUGUGCUCGUGCUGGCGUGUAGUCUGAUAUGUCAACCGGACCCCUGUGUAAGCAAUUCUGUGUGCUGCAAUGCAUUAACCGCUAACCAGCUGGAAAUGUAACCGUCGUGCAGGCUAGGCUUAACGAACCACUUAUCCCUGUGCGACCGGUUAACUAACCAUACGAAUUCAUGACAGUCAACAUUGAAGAUGGAAUGCUUUUAACCCACUACGCUUCCAGCAAAGCAACCCCGAGGAGGAAGACGGAUGUCUCGAUGAUGUCGAAUAGUAAACGAAUGGACCGUUCAUCGACCGGCACUGUACCUCGCAUAGUUCGAGCACCGGCACUGAAGCGAGGUCGAGAAUUCACACCGCUAUCCGAAAGGGUAAAAUUAGAAAAGGUCCUUGGUCUCACGGUCACCAGCAAUGCUGCUCUCGACUGUGAUUCAGCCACUGGGGUGGUGGCCUACCCUGCAGGGUGCGUUGUAGUACUCUAUAACACUAGGAAAAAUAAACAACAAUAUAUACUCAAUGCAUCGAAGAAGACCAUCACGUCACUCGCCUUCUCCUGGGAUGGGAAGUACCUGGCUACGGGAGAGUGUGGUCACCAGCCACACCUUAGAGUGUGGGACGUCCAGGAGAAGACGCAGGUGGCCGAAUUUCCCGGACACAAAUUUGGCAUCAACUGUGUGGCCUUUUCACCUAACCUGAAAUACGUGGUCUCUGUUGGUUCUCAACACGACAUGGUAGUCAAUGUCUGGGACUGGAGGAAUAACGUGAAGGUUGCGUCCAAUAAGGUGUCUUCGAAGGUGAAAGCAGUGUCGUUUUCUCCCAGCGGUAACUACUUUGUCACCGUCGGAAACAGGCAUGUCAAAUUCUGGUACUUGGAAUACUCCAGGACAACUAAGUAUAAGCUAGAACCUGUGCCGCUGAUGGGUCGUUCCGCAAUCCUGGGCGAUCAGCGGAACAACUACUUCUGCGGAGUGGCCUGCGGAAAGGGGGAUAACGUCGAGAGCACCUAUGCCAUCACCAAGUCUGGACUCCUUUGCGUGUUCAACAGCCGCAGGCUACUCGACAAGUGGGUAGAACUGAGGACAUCCUGUGCCAAUAGCAUCUCUGUAGGUAAAGAGUGCAUUUUCGUGGGCUGUGCCGACGGCAUAGUGCGGUGCUUUGAUCCACGAACGCUUCAAUUCCUCGCAACCCUGCCAAGGCCGCACUACUUGGGUGUCGACGUUUCUAAAGGAACGAGCCCAAGUGCCGCAGGUGCUCAUCCCCCUGGUGCCAAAUACCCUCAUGCCACAGCGAUUGCCUUCGAUGAAGUCAACAAAAGGGUGACAUGUAUCUACAACGACCACAGCUUGUUUGUGUGGAAUGUCGCAGAUUUGAAGAAAAUAGGGAAAUCACAUUCCUACCUCUUCCACAGUGCCUGUAUAUGGGGAGUUGAAACAUAUCCUCUCGCCUUGAAAGGUUCCAAAACCGUUCUUCCAAGAGGAACAUUCCUAACAUGCUCAAGCGACGACACCAUCAGGAUAUGGAACUUGGAUCCGCACUCUACACAGUCCAGCGGGGUUCAGCGGAAUAUUUAUUGCACGGAGUUGCUCAGGGUGUUGUACAUGGAUCCUGACAUGGCCUACAUCUGUGAUGUGGACUUUCAAGGUGGGAGUAACGACAAAGUAGACACAACAUACGACGGAAAAAAUGGGGUACGAUGCCUUCGGAUUAGUCCAGAUGGGCAACAUUUAGCUUCUGGUGAUCGCUCGGGAAACAUCAGGGUUUAUGGCAUCCAGGGCUUCAAAGAGCAGUGCAAAAUAGAGGCUCACGAUUCCGAAGUUCUGUGCCUGGAGUACUGGACCGGUUCGGGUGUUCGUCUGCUUGCGUCGGGAAGCAGGGACCGCUUUGUACACGUGUUCGACGUAGACAGAGACUACUCAUUCCAACAGACCUUGGACGAUCACUCGUCGUCAAUCACGGCGGUGAGAUUUGUCCAAGGUCCUGCCGAUAGCCUGCAGAUGAUAUCUUGCGGUGCAGACAAGUCAAUCAUAUUCCGACGGGCUCAUGGGGUGCGUCUUCUAUCUGGCUUAUUUCUUGCAUCAAAUUCAGCGAAUUGCAGGAAUUUAUUUUUAACGCAGAGUCCUCACCUGUCCUUUACGAGGGAACAUCAUGUGGUGGGAAAGACCACCCUGUACGACAUGGAAGUGGACGGUCCCCAACGUCACGUGCUGGCCGCGUGUCAGGACCGACAGGUACGCGUCUACGCCGUUAGUUCAGGAAAGAACACCAGGUGCUUUCGUGGUGCACAAGGAGAAGACGGUACCCUUAUCAAAGUUGUACUUGAUCCUACUGGAACGUAUCUAGCUACCAGUUGCACAGACAAGAGUCUGUAUGUGUAUGAGUACAGCACUGGGGAGUGUGUCGCAUCUAUGUUUGGACACUCUGAGCUGGUGACGGGUCUCAAGUUCAGCGAAGAUGGGAAGCACCUAAUUUCUGUUUCUGGUGACGGGUGCAUCUUUGUUUGGAGGCUGCCCUUGGAAGUGACCCAGGCCAUUCUGAGUCGACAAAGUGGGUUAGACCUGAAGAUCGAGAAUUCGUGGCAGGAGUCCAGGAAAAGUGCCGUGGGCGUGACGGUGCCACUGAGCGGAGAAGAUGGUGUGGAUACAGCAAGCAUAAAUGGGAUCAGCACGGACUCAGCAGCAGUUAGCAAUGCUUCUGACAACCACAGUGACAAUCCACCAGGGUACAAGUUCAGCAUGGGGCCGCUUCCUAUGUGGGCAAAGAAACAGAUGAUGGAGGAAAUGCAGAACUCCUCUUCAAACAGCAGCCCACGACCGCAGCUUCCUCCAGUGCCCCUCCCCAGAGGCCGCUGGGCACAGCGUCUAGACAACAAUGCGCCAGGCCUGCUGGUGAAGUCGUACCUCGAAAACGAUGCAGUCAUUCCAUUUCAUCCAAACAUGAUGCAGAACAACGCCGCCGCUACAACCAAUGGGAAGGCAACUUCUAGUGAUGACUCCAGUGUGAAGGAGGGCACCCAUAACAGUGAUUUCGAGCUAGACCCUGAGAGUUUGACAGAAAUACUUGGACCACCUCCACCGCCACCAAGAGAUGAACCGAACCAUGGAUUGGGAUCUGUGACCGUAAUUCGUGGAGGCAACCUGGGAGGUGGAGGCGACACAGCGGCUGCGGAUCGGCAGCCGCAGCGUCAACGUUAUGGGGGGACGGAUUCGAGCAGCUGUGCGAGCAGCAUGAAGAUGGAGGAUGGGGAUGCGGAGGACGAGCACUCGGACACAGAGGGCAGCGAGAUGGUCUACUACCCGCACUCGGAAGACAGUUCAGAGUUGGGAGACGGGUCCUUCCAAGUACGAGCGACUACUGAAAAUGAUUUGAAGGAGGCUCGGCGAAGGCUACGUGGGAGUCGUAUAGAACGGCCUCCAUCCACUUAUGGCAGCUCAGAUUUUUGUCAGAGCGAGGUCAACAGUGAUGAAGAUGACUCGAGUACAACUGCGGAGGGGGACCCACGACCGCUCGGCGGAUCUAUGUGCGUGAGCACAGAAAAUUUGGAUAAGCUAGGCCAGAGAGAACGGUUCAUGAAGAGCAACUACGAAAGUCUAGACCGCAGCAACGACAGUGAUUCCUCGACUCCGACCCCACGUCGCUCCAGCCUCUCCGCUAGGUACCUUGUGACACGUAGUGGCACACAAGGGACUCCAUCUCCUACUUGGGCAUCAAGAACAUCUGGCAGUAAAUCUGACCAGGAGCAGGGUAGCCAUUCCAAACGACGAGAAGAACUCACGCAGGCUUUGAACCAGGCACGCCAAAAGCUCAAUGCGAUUGUUGACAAAAGCGAACUUGGUUGGAGAAGUGGGCUGAGCACAAGCAAAAGCAUUGGGGACCUGCAGAGUUUAAAGGAUGACGAGAGCUUCAACCAAUCGUUCAGCAAGUCACUAUUCAGCACCCCCACGUCCAGGGACGAUUCCAUCCGACGGACUGCAUCUAUGACUGAUAUUAGUUUUAGUGCUCGGCGGCGCCUCCUGCCUUCAGCCCCAGAUUUCAACGCAGAACCAUCAGCAGGACUGUGGGCACAAGCAAAACCAGCACCAGCACCAGCUCCUCAGCCCCCACCAGUGACUACCAUCUCUAUCAGGCGCAUGCAGAGGAAUUCCCCUGCCAUGUCUCGUAGUGCCAGCAUGGGCUCCCUGCAUGGGCAGAGCAGUCCCUCUGCCCCCAGCCCCUUGGCACGAGUGCCUUCCACACAGAUGCUAACGCCCAGGGGUUCGGCCCUGUCUAAAGUGCGCUCCAUGUCCGCAUUGUCCCGCGGGCAGCAUCUUCCCCUGCCUCCGCAGUUAGAGUCUGAUGAUUCAUCUUCCUCCGACACUGAACAUGUGGAGACAUCGAAAGCUAGGACAUCCUUGAAUCGAGUGUUUGCUUCUAAGGAUUUCUCUCGUGCGGGGAGACCCAACGGUCACGAGAAUCCGAGGGCGCUCGUGGAGCCCAUGGUCUCCAGCAGGGCUCAGCAGGAGCACGAGGGAUCUCGCUGGUCGGGGCCUCUCCCCGGGAAUCCUGUCAACGUCCCUCUCACAAGGGAGCUCUGCGAGAGAGUGGCUGAUGAAUUGUCUCGUGUCACCAGCUAUGCAAUUCAGAUAUUCCAAAGGGUGACAAUGGACAUGGAACUGCCUCCUGCAGACAAGUCGACCAUGACCAAUACGUUGGCACAGGGGGUCCUGCAGGCGCAGCAGAACUUGCGGCCCGCAGCGCCCCCGAUGCCUCUUUGGGGUGCUCCUCCAGCAGUAGCUCCAGUGGCUGUAACUUCACCCGUGGUGCCGCAAGUCGCACCCCCUCAAACCCCUCCUCAUUUGCCCAAUGUCCCCGCAGUGUUCCAGCAUUAUCCUGCGGCCAGAAGGUUCGUUAUGAACGGCACGGUUUCGGCUCAGACAGCGUCGGAAGUAAUCCAGCAACCGCAGAUGCCUUUGGGUCGAAAAGGAGACCAGACCAUGCAGUCCAACUCCGACAUGAGCGGACUUCUCCAACAGUACUCGGAACAACUCAUGAAGAUGGUCGAAGACCGCAUCAACAAAAGCAAAGCGGAGAAGUCCGAAAAGCCUUAGAAGAUUCCAUUAGGACUAUCGACAUGUACUUGUUCUAUAGGUUGUGCCUUCAGAGGGUUUCUGGGUAGUGAGCACAAAUGAGAUCACAAAAGUCGACGGAAGAAAAGCUUCGAGUGGCACAAAAAAUAGGCGCAGCCCGCAAGGAUUUCUACACUAAUGUGAUACCGUACUUGACGGACCAUCUGCGCCAAUCUUUAGUAUCGAUAGAGCCUUAGUUUCGCCGAUGCGACAAAAGCGUCGCCCAGAAACAACGUUCCUUAUUCAUUGCCACAGCAUAAAAAUGCACUUUCACUGUACAUAGGUAUAAAUAUAUAUAUAUACACAUAUAACGCGGCCUGCCACGUGGAAACUGUAUAUUUCUAGAUGCACCGUUAUUGCUCCAUUUUUGUCGUAAAUCUAGUGCCUUAGACAAGUUUUUUCUUGUACGUGGAGAUAUUUAUGUAUUUCUUAGGCUACGAAGAUAUCGUGCCAUAACACAGUCGUCUGUGAAUGCAGGGGACGACAACUUUUAACGCACGAGGAAGCUGACUGGCUUUGAUCCUUUUACCAUGCCAGAAAUAAAUAUUUUCGGAAACUAA